AUGCCGCCCUCCGACUCGGACAAUUUCGACUUUGAUGCCCCCGAAGUCAUUGCGGUUCGUGAAGAUGAGGGACAAUCACCUGAAGUGAUUGAGCAGUGCUUUCAACUGCGCGUCCGAUAUACUUCCGUUGGCUUCGUCUCUUUUCGUCUUUUGCCAGUCCCUUACAGCAUGCCGACAAAAACCACGGCUUGGCUACAGAUCAGAGCGAACUGCAUAGAGUCGUUGGACAAAAUGCUUUACGACAAAGCCAACACCGACAGCCCAAGCCCACCUUAUCUCGAAGCUGUCCGCCGGCGGCUCAAUGGCAUGCAAUCGGUAACCCGUCUUCAAUUUCAAUUGCACAGGGACGGUCACAUCGACCUUAUCACACCAGUCGAUUCCGAUGCCGAAGACAUACUCGGCGAACCUGUCUUGAAAAUAGGGGCAUCACUCAUGUCCCUUGCAACAGCUUCGCGCUUUUCCAUG